AUGAGGCGUGCGCCGGCGGCAGAGCGCCUUUCAGAGUUGGGCUUUUCCCCGCGGUGCGGGCGCCAAGAGCCGCCUUUUCCGCUGGGUGUCACUCGGGGGUGGGGGGGAUGGCCCAUUCAAAAGCGUCGCGAGGGAGCCAGGCCAGUGCCCUUCAGUGAGCGCUCGCAAGAGGACGGAAAAGGCCCGGAGGCUCGCAGCUCCCGGACCUUGUGGCGCAUCAGGACGCGGUUACCCCUCUGCCCGGGCCCCGAGCCGCAACCGCUCUGCCUCUUGCGUGUUAGCCUCCUCUGCGCGCUCCGGGCGGGCGGUCGUGGAAACCGCUGGGGCGAGGACGGAGCGCGUCUGCUGCUGCUGCCCCCAGCCCGGGCGGCUGGAAGUGGAGAGGCCGAGCCCAGCGGCGUCCCCUCCUAUGCCGGGAAGAUGUUGGAGAGCAGCGGCUGCAAAGCGCUGAAAGAGGGUGUGUUGGAGAAGCGAAGCGAUGGGUUGCUUCAGCUUUGGAAGAAAAAGUGCUGCAUCCUUACGGAGGAGGGACUGUUGCUCAUUCCCCCCAAGCAGCUGCAACACCAGCACCACCAGCAACAGCAACAGCCUGGGCAAGGGCCGGCCGAGCCGUCCCAACCCGGAGGCCCUGCCGUGGCCAGCCUCGAGCCGCCGGUCAAGCUCAAGGAAUUGCACUUUUCCAACAUGAAGACCGUGGACUGCGUAGAGCGCAAGGGCAAGUAUAUGUACUUCACUGUGGUGAUGGCCGAGGGCAAGGAGAUCGACUUUCGGUGUCCGCAGGACCAGGGCUGGAACGCCGAGAUCACGCUGCAGAUGGUGCAGUACAAGAAUCGUCAGGCCAUCCUGGCGGUCAAGUCCACGAGACAGAAGCAGCAGCACCUGGUCCAGCAGCAGCAGCCCCCGCAACCCCAGUCCCAGCCCCAGCCCCCGUUCCAGUCCCAGUCCCAGUCCCAGUCCCAGUCCCAGCCGCAGCCCCAACCCCAACCCAAGCUCCAGCCGCUCCACCCGUAUGCGCAUCCACACUCUCAUCCGCAUCCGCAUCCACAUCCACACCCGCACUCUCAUCAACUACAGCACCCGCACCAACAACCGCUCUCGCAGCCGCACGGCCACCGACUUCUCCGCAGCACCUCCAACUCUGCCUGAAGGGGGCAGCACCCGGGCAAGACAUAGUAACAAGGUUUUGAGGACUUGAGGAAGUGGGACGAGCACCUUCCAUUGUCUUCACUUGGAUCGAAAGCAAAUCUCUCUUCCCCGCACCAGGUCAAAUUGUUUGGAUAUCACCGGACUGAUAACUUGGGAUUCUUCUUAGUUUUCUGCACACUCUUCAUCACAAUGCAGGAAACGAUUUCAAGUCCAGAAGUCUUUAUUUAUGAACCUUUGAAAGGAUAUUCCAUUAUGGUGGAACUUCUAGGAGAGAUGAUGUACUGUAAUUUUAUUUUAAUGUAUUUUGAUUUAUGAUUAUUUAUUAGUUUUUUUAAAUACUUGUUCUAAGACAUUUCUGAAUGUAGGCCAUUUUCUCAAAAAGGAACUUUCUUUUCAAAAAUCUAUUCCCUAGUAAGUUCUAAUCUUGGAAAGGAAGAAAGGUCAGUGUAGAGGAAAACACUAAGAAUUCAUUAAUUCAUUACUCCUA